AUGUGCUUGUUUCGGAAACGAUGCGGGAUAAUCACUCUGCUCGGCACAUUCGCUUACCUCAUCGUAUGCCACGUGGUGUACGAUAGCGGCUCGGCGCGCAGGGAUCAGGGCAUCGACUUCGCCGGUACGCUUAUGAUGGUGACACUCAAGCUGACGUCAUGCGCCUUCGACUACCAGGACGGCCAAUACCUCUCCGACCCCGUCGCCGCCGAUUCCGCCGCGAGUGCCGCUGCUAAUGGGCGGCCCAUCCGCGGUGCGGACCGGCAUUUGUGCGACCUUCCUUCUCCGCUUGAAUUCAUGGGUUACAUGUUCUGCGGCGGGUUACAUCUCACAGGACCGUACUUCGAAAUGAAACCGUACCUCGAGUGGGCGAGGCACGAGGGUGUGUGGUCACGAUCCGCGCGAAAGGCGCCGUUCUUGGUGCCGCUUUUGACGGCGCUGGCAUGGGCCGUACCGUCGGGGCUGCUCCACCUGAUGCUUAAACCGCGUAUGAACGUCGCAAUUACCUCAGACCCCGCUCAGGUCUGGAGCGUUUCGUACGUGGCGCGAUGGGGGUACGCGAUCCUGGCGACGUACGCCGUACGUACGAAGAUCUACUACGUGUGGAUGGUGGCGGAGGGCAGCAUGGUCGCGAGCGGACUAGGUUUCAGCGGAUGGGUGCCGCAACGCGGAGCUGCCGCUUCUAACAGCAGCAGGGGAAGCAGCAGAGCGCGGGGAGAAAAAGCGGAGCUAAGGGGACGGCGCGGGGGACUGGCCGGACAGGCGGAUUGCGAGCCAGUGAGGGAGGUUUUCGGGGAGAGGUGUGUGAACGGUGGUGACGCGGACGUACCUGCACUGACGACUGCGGCGGUCACAGGAAGUGUGAUACUAUCGGAUAGUGAUGAAGACGAGAACAGCGCGCCUGUGAUUAGGGCGAGUGUGCGAAAGACGAGCAGCAAGUCCAGGCCGAGAGUGGCUUUGACCGCAGCAGUGCCGCAGCUGGAGCAGAUCGACUCGGACGAGGAGAGGGAGAGGGAGACGGGGGGGAAGAGGGGGAGUGGGGAGGAGCGGGAGGUGGAAGCGAAGGAGGCGAGCUGGAAGCGGGCGCGCAACAUUGACAUCGUGGGGGUGGAGGCGGUGACGGGCAUGCAUGGCUUCGCCAAGAACUGGAACGUGCGCACCGGCGAAUGGCUCCGCACCUGUGAGUCCGCCUUUCAGCCCCCCUCCCUUUUUGCCGCUCUCUAUUGCUUUCCCGCCAUCUCACGAGACUGCUUUCCUUUCUGUCAGUGUUCUCAUCUCACGCGUACUCACUCUCUCCUCCCCACGCCAUUCGUCCCCCAACCAUUGACGUGCAGACAUCUACGAGCGCGUGACACCGGAGGGGCAAAAGCCAGGCGUGCUGCCACUGAUCCUCACAGUCUGCACCAGCGCCGUCUGGCAUGUAAGCCCACGUUCCGCCCUUCCCCUCUCUCACCUUCUGCUCCACUUGCUCCACUCCACCUUAUGAUGAUCCCAUCCCCACAUUCCAUGCCAUUCCAGCACUUGCCAUGUCCCUCUGCCGGCGUGUACAUGGGAGACUUCUUCUUCGCCAUCAACAUGGCGUGGCUCAUCAUGGGCUCGCGCAUCAUCUACCGCUACCAGUGCACCAUCCCCGCCUCCUCACGCCUCCUCUCCCUCACCGUCUCCACACUGCACUCCCUUUACUCCUUCCUCGGCGCCAACUACUCGGCGCAAGGUUUCAUUCUCCUCUCUGCCUCACAAACACUUGUGGCGUACAGCGGCAUGGGUUGGGCUGGCACGCUGUUGCCUCUCAUUCCUUCGGAGAACAGCGAGCGCGCCGUGCAGUACGCGCUCACGCGGCUGUGCCGCGCUGGCGUCGACACGCUGCAUCUGCUGCACGUGCAGGACUCCACGCACCUCAGCGUCUCCAUUGCAGGCGACAUGGUGGUGCCGCCGGCGGUGGUGGACGAGAUGUCGCGGCGCGCGUCGAGCGAGGCGUCCGUUCUCGUCCGCAAGUACCUCGCCGAGGCCGACGCCGCCAAGGUGCCGGCGCAGGGGUACUACGCGCUGGGGGACGCGCGCGAGGUGAUUGUAGCGAGGGCCGCGGCGAUCAAGGCGGACCUGAUCGUCAUGGGCACGCGCGGCAUGGGCGCUAUCUCGCGAGCGAUGUUGGGCAGUGUGAGCGACUACGUGGUGAACCAUGCCACGUGCGCCGUGCUCAUAGUGCGCCCGCCGGCCCCACCCUCCGCGGACCAGCCCCAGCAGCAGCAGGCGCUGCAGCAGGCGCCUCUGGACCACCCGUCUCAGCGCGUGCUGCUGCUCGCCGUUGACAACUCCGAUGGCAGCCGACUCGCCCUCAGGUAUGCAUUGGAGGAGUUCUGCCGGGCGGACGACAUAAUCAUUCUGCUCGCAGUGCUGCCCACACCCCCCUGGGCCGCCUACGGCGAAUACUACAACCAAGAGAUGAUAGAGCGGUUGGAGCGGGCGGAGCUGCAGGAGGCGGAUGCGAUGCUGGAGGAGUUUGCAGAGCAAGUGCGCGCCAUGCACAUCGAGUGCAAGAAGGAGGUGAUACGAGGGGACGUGCGCGAGACCAUCUGCUACUCUGCUGAGCAGUUCGGGGCCGACGUGCUGCUCAUGGGGUGCAGAGGAUUGUCAGGGCUCAAAAAAAUGCUUCUUGGAAGUGUCAGCGACUACUGUGCUCACCAUGCGGUAGGAGACCCACCCUUGCCUGCACUGCUGCUUUUUACACCCCCUUCCACCCGAGUGUUUCCCUCUUGCCCCCCUGCAGUGUGCCAAAUUCAUGCCUUUUCUACAACUCAACAGAACUGA